CAAGGCUUCCUGGGGAGAACAUCUCACUAUGGGAGCGACCACUGAAAAGCCCCUGUCCGUAGCAGCCACCCACUUUUCACAGAGGAGGGCUGCCGAAAAUGACCUUAGCCUCCCAGACAGUGGAAAUCAUGAAAGGAAAGCUGUCAGGGCUUACACACCUCAUAAGAAGGGUCCUGCUGGAUUGGCUCACAAGGCCCUCUAGGCCAGCGUCCUUACAGGACAUUCCGGGAACAGAUCUUUCCUGGUGUUUUCAAAGGCUGUGCAUUGCAGUAAUCCAAACGAGAGGUUACCGGAGCAUGGAUUCCUGUCCCUCUGUCCAAAUAGGAUCACAGGUGGGAGUAGUUCUCUUCCUGGGAGAAGGGGAACCGAUGCUUCUACAAAUUGCCGUUACUGUGCACAGUCACGUCGGUCACUGUGUUUUUGCAAAGCAAAAUACUUUUGUUUUGGUUCCACCAUCUGCUCUGCCACCUGGUGAUGUUCUUCAGGGCCUCUCCUCAGGGCUUCUCGCCCGGUCGCAGGCGACAGCUGCAGCGGGGCGGAUGUUCUCUGGUUCUGGUCCCGUGGCCCAGAAGACUCCCCCUUCGCUGUGGAAACUGGGCCGGCUCAACCACGUCGCCAUUGCCGUGCCCGAUCUGGAAAAGGCCACGGCUUUGUACAGGGACGUGCUGGGGGCCCAUGUGAGCGAGGUCACCCCCCUCCCCGAGCACGGCGUCUACACCGUCUUUGUGGAGCUGGGGAACACGAAGCUGGAGCUGCUGCACCCGCUGGGGGAGAAAAGCCCUAUUGCAGGCUUCCUGCAGAAGAAUAAGUCUGGGGGGAUGCACCAUAUUUGCCUGGAGGUGGACAGUAUUGCGGAAGCCAUAGGGGAGCUGAAGGAGAAGAAGAUCCGCCUGCUGACGGAAGAGCCCAGAAUUGGUGCCCAUGGGAAGCCCGUGGUUUUCCUCCACCCCAAGGACUGUGACGGAGUCCUGGUGGAGCUGGAGCAAUCCUAAAAUGGGAUCCAGCCUCGCGGUGGGAGCAAGGAGCGAGCAUCCAGACUGCGGUGGGAAGGGGCACCAAUUGGGGGCCGCAUAUUCUUCAGAAUCACAAUGAUUGUUUUGUUCACGGAGGUUUUCUUUUGGUCUGUGCAGCUUGGUGCAUACCGAGAAUUUUUCCGGCUGCCUCACCACUCCUGGGCAUAAUUUUGCAUCCGUUUGAUAGAUUUCUAGGUCAUCCUUCAACGUUCUGCUCUACAUUUCUGAGCGCGAGAGGGAGAGGCAGUCGGCUUCUCUCCAGUAUUCCCUUAAGAAAGAACCAGCAUGCAAUCAUCUGAUUUCCUGAAUUCCCCAUUCUCAGGAUUCUCCAAGCAUCACAUUCACUGGUUCCCUCAAUUAUGGGAUGCUUGGUGUGCUUGUGAUUGCUAAGCUCUUCCUUACUGUACCAUUCUUUUUCAAGAAGGCGCCAUUUGGAUGCUGUAAAAAUGCACAUUUAUGGGGAAAAAGCCUCGUGGAAGGCACAGAAUCUUCAUUAAUGCUCCAAGUGAAUGACACCAACAGAAGCAUAAUAUAUAUGUUGUUGUUUCAAAUUACUUUAAUUUAUGAAUGGUAAUUAAAACCCAUGCAUUUC